CCGAAAAGCAAUUGACUGAUGAUUAUCUAAUCAACAGCCACAAUCACCGCGCGGCUUUUGAGAGACAGAAAGAAGACUCUUUUGUCCGUGCGACUGCUCAACACUUUCAAAGCGGGGUUUAUAGAAGAAAAGGUACAACACCAGGCACUACAACAGUGUACAAGCAUUCACACACACAUACCUUCGCAUACAUUCAAAGAAGCCGGAAAAGCGGGGGGGGGGAUAUUUUGUAUUCAUUCACCUCUCUUCCCUUCAUUAUCAUCAACAUCAUCUUGACUUUUACAAGGAUACCCAAACCUCAAUCAAGCUUAUACCAUGUCUUUGCAAAUUCCAGAUUCAGCUGCUACUCCCGAAGGCACAUACUUUGAUCGUCCAGCAGAUUAUGCAGAAGCAUUGGAAAAUGCAUUAAAAUUGUUAAACGAUUUAGAAUCUUCAACGGAAUGGGAAGAUUUACCUGAGCGUGAAGAUGUCCAACUUUCAAAGAUUACAAAUGCAGAAGAUCCUUCUGGCGUUCCAAUCACUCGUGGUUCAACAAUCGUUGAAGGCGUUACGCCUUUGGAAUUAACUGGUGUCAUUCAAUUACCUGGUAUGCGUAAAAAGUGGGAUCCUCGUUUGGAAGAUGGUUUCCCAAUCAGACGUUUCUCUCAAUCUUCUUUUGAGAUCUACAGUGUAAUGAAAUCACCUUCAUACUUCAUCUGGGCUCGUGAUAUCGCUGCAGUUCAAGAAUCUUACUGGACCGAACCAGAUGGAAAGAUGCAGCUCAUUCAAGUUUCCAUUUCAGACGAAGAACGUUUACCUGAAGAUGGAAGUUAUCAAAAGAGUAGAACACGUGCAACUGUUGAACUGAGUGGUUGGAUUGCUGAAAAGGUGGAAGAAGGUACAAAGUUGACUUAUGUGGUCAAAGUGUUGCUCAACGGAUCCAUCCCUUCUGCUGUCGUUGCAUCUUUGGCACAAGAAACUCCGAUGUGUGUUGGACGUGUUCGCGAUGUAUACUACGAACACGGUCAUGCUCCUCUCGAAUUGACCACACGUAAUUCCACUUUGGUCAAAUCAGACUUCAAAACAACUGCAAUUACCCAAGUAUUCGAAGAUCAAAACGGAGAAAAGACAUGGACAGGUCAUUAUGCUUCUAAUGGACCUGAUGAUCUUUCUAUCUUGUAUGAUAGCAAACGGAUGUACAUCGGCGGUGUGAAUGCUUCCAUUGAAUCAAAGGACGGAAAUGAUGUUUCUGGCGUACAUGCAACCGUUGAUGAAGAGAGCAGUAUCGUCAAGGUCAAAGUGGAAAGCUUGGAAAAGGGCAAGACUUUCGAAGUUGUCAUCACAGCUAAGGAAUAGACGUAUCGCAAGCCUUUCAUUUUGUUCAACCGCAUUGAAUUAAUAAGUAUCAUCAUCUAUGUGCAACGUGUGUGUACUCUGUCGUAAGUACAUUAAACAGAUCCAACGUAAGCGUAGCGUGUCCUUGGAUUCUAUCCCCUUGUCAUUCAUUUUCGCCAAACAGUUGGUGUAUCAAAUCUUUUGGUUCUAUACGAAUGGCUAGCCAAGUCAGCCUGAUUUCGUUGAGCAGCAGAAUUAUGUCGCUCAUAAGAUUUCCAUCUAUUUUGACUGAAAGCAUUAUGAAAAGCUCUUGUGAUACCGAAG